CGCUCCCUCCCUCCUUCUCCCCCUCCCUCCCUCCCCGCCGCCUCAGUCUCACUCGUUCUCUCUCCCCUCCUCUCCUCUCCCACUCACUCUCUCCCCUCCUCUCCUCUCCCACUCACUCUGUCCUCUCCUCCUCCUGUCUUACUCUUUUCACUCCUUCCCCUCCUCCCCUCUCCCCCUUUCUCUUCCCUCUCUCGCCCCCCUCGUUCCCCUGUCUCCCUUCUCCUCAUCUCCUCCUGACACUGCACUGCAGCUGCUCCUCCAGCCCAGUCCUGCCCGCUUCCCUCCCUCCUUUCCCUUCCCUCCCCCCGGGUGCCAGAUAAACAAGGCGCGCAGCAUCCUCGACAAUCCCGAGCUUAGCUCUACAUUUUCGAAAAGGACAAGAGAACGGGACGAGCCCCCUCCCCUCCUCCUCCUCCUCCUCCCCCUUCCUCCUCCUCCUCCUCCCCCCUUCCCUCCCUGCCCCCCCACCACAGAAGGGAAGAGACAAUUCUCCUCCGAGCAGCAGCAAACAUGAUGGCGGCAGCUCCCAUCCAGCAGAACGGGACCCACACUGGGGUUCCCAUAGACCUGGACCCGCCGGACUCCCGGAAAAGACCGCUUGAAGCCCCCCCUGAAGCCGGCAGCACCAAGAGGACCAACACGGGCGAGGAUGGCCAGUAUUUUCUAAAGGUCCUCAUACCUAGUUAUGCUGCUGGAUCUAUAAUUGGGAAGGGAGGACAGACAAUUGUUCAGUUGCAGAAAGAGACUGGGGCCACCAUCAAGCUGUCUAAAUCCAAAGAUUUUUACCCAGAUAUCACAGACUGGAAAUGUGAGCUUUGGCUGAUACUGCUGGGAAGGAGAGUGCGGCAGGCAGCUGUAAUUCCCAUCCUGUAAAGGGAGUAUGGAGUGGCACAGGAAGGAAAUGGCAUAUCGCUGGAAAGUUGCUCUAAUACAGCACAGGAUUCUUGUACUACAGAGCGGGUGUGUCUGAUCCAGGGAACAGUUGAAGCACUAAAUGCAGUUCAUGGCUUCAUUGCAGAGAAGAUUCGAGAAAUGCCUCAAAAUGUGGCCAAGACAGAGCCUGUCAGCAUUCUACAGCCUCAGACCACUGUUAAUCCAGACCGCAUCAAACAAACAUUGCCAUCUUCCCCAACUACCACCAAGUCCUCUCCAUCUGAUCCCAUGACCACCUCCAGAGCCAAUCAGGUAAAGAUUAUAGUUCCCAACAGCACAGCAGGUCUGAUAAUAGGGAAGGGAGGUGCUACAGUGAAGGCUAUAAUGGAGCAGUCAGGGGCUUGGGUGCAGCUUUCCCAGAAACCUGAUGGGAUCAACUUGCAAGAGAGGGUUGUCACUGUGAGUGGAGAACCUGAACAAAACCGAAAAGCUGUUGAACUUAUCAUCCAGAAGAUACAAGAGGAUCCACAGAGUGGCAGCUGUCUCAAUAUCAGUUAUGCCAAUGUCACAGGUCCAGUGGCCAAUUCCAAUCCAACCGGAUCUCCUUAUGCAAACACUGCUGAAGUGUUACCAACUGCUGCAGCUGCUGCAGGGCUAUUAGGACAUGCUAACCUUGCUGGAGUGGCAGCCUUUCCAGCAGUUUUAUCUGGCUUUACAGGCAAUGACCUGGUGGCCAUCACCUCUGCACUUAAUACAUUAGCCAGCUAUGGAUAUAAUCUCAAUACAUUAGGUUUAGGCCUAAGUCAGGCAGCAGCUACAGGGGCUUUGGCUGCAGCAGCUGCCAGUGCCAACCCAGCAGCAGCAGCAGCCAAUUUGUUGGCCACCUAUGCGAGUGAGGCCUCAGCCAGUGGCAGCACUGCUGGUGGUACGGCGGGGACAUUUGCAUUAGGUAGCCUGGCUGCUGCUACUGCUGCAACCAAUGGAUAUUUUGGAGCUGCUUCUCCCCUAGCUGCCAGUGCCAUCCUAGGAACAGAAAAAUCCACAGAUGGAUCAAAGGAUGUAGUUGAAAUAGCAGUGCCAGAAAACUUAGUUGGUGCAAUACUUGGAAAAGGAGGGAAAACAUUAGUUGAAUACCAGGAGUUGACUGGUGCGAGGAUACAGAUCUCUAAAAAGGGAGAAUUCGUACCUGGCACAAGAAAUCGCAAGGUAACCAUUACUGGAACACCAGCUGCAACCCAGGCCGCACAGUAUUUAAUUACACAACGGAUCACAUAUGAGCAAGGAGUUCGGGCUGCCAAUCCACAGAAAGUGGGUUGAGAGCCCCUGUUAAACAUGAGAUUGUUUUAACCCCUCCUUACCCUAUUUUCAAGAAGGAUGUACUGUACUUUGCAGAAGUGAAGUUUUUCUGUUAUUAAUAUAUAAUUAUGCAAAUGAAUGCGACUAUGUUGACAAUGUGUAUAUGUAAAUAUAAUGUGUUUUACCAGAUGUUUCAUAGAGAGAAUUUUUUCUUGAUCUGUUUUGUUCUCUAUACUUUGCUUGUGUAUAUUUGUCAGAGGUGUUUCUAGUGUAAGAUUUAAGCCUGCCAUUUUACCAGCAUUAUUGUAGUUUAAUGAUUGAAUGUAGACAG